AUGUCGCGGGAGGAGCACAUGCGGCCACAAAUCAAGGGGCAUCGCUCGCUCCCGGGAACCUAUAAAUUCCGUCGCGUUAGCGCGCCGAUAGGGAGAGCGGCUCCCCGCUGGCUGGGCCGGCCCGCCGCCCGCAACACGUGUCGCCUGAUCCGUCCGUGUGUUUGGAUUAGCACAGUCAAAACAUUUGCGCCCCUUUGUGCGCGCGCCUCGGAGACAGUACGCCCUGUCGCGUGCAAAUUGGCGAGAGCCCUGCGGGAC